CAAAAGGAAAGCAAACCCACAUGACUUUGCUUCCGGAUAUUACUGAUAACACAUUUCUCUUAUUAUCCUUUCCUUUUAUGUGUUAGUUUUGUGAAAUGAAUCCAUGAUUUAUUAAGGUUUGUUUCUUUCUCCGUUUAUGAGCGUUUGAAGUUCCAAGUAAAAAGACCUGGCCUUCUCAAACAAUAUUCCAUAUAUGUUUAUUUGAACUAACAUUGGUCGUAUUUUUAUCAUAAAACAAGCGUUGGUUGUAUUAACCUCAUUUCGAUUACUAUUAAUCAUACUAGUAGCUCUAGUAGUAUGAUCCAUUUUCGAACUAAAACUAAUAAAAAAAAAGGGAUCUGAAAUCCAACAUGCUGCGUGCGUAUUAUAAUUCACUGAAAUAGAUCCAAACUAAUCUCAUCAAACUUCGACUAUUUCUUAAUUGAAUUGACUUUUGAUGCCCACUCAACGACAACAAAACAAAGAAAAAAGCUUAUUCCAAAAGACAAUAGGAAAACACACAAAUUGUAAAGAUGGUAAGUUGGUUCUAAUAGUUGUUGUGUGGGGUUAGUUUUAGUUAUUAAUUAGUUUCUUGAAAUUUUGUAUAAUAUGAACUUUAAUGUUACAAAAAAAAGGAACUUUGAUUAUAUAUAUAUAUGCAGAUUAUUAUUUAACUGUCACACCAUAUUGCAAGCUAAAAUUAGCACCAAAUAUAUAUAUAUAUAUUUUUUUUAAUUAUGCAAAAUUAUUCUUCACUCUUUUCUUUUUACGGCUUUGAUCUAUCUUUAUAACAUAAUAUUGGUAUCAGAGAAUAAAUGUGUUUGAAAAUAUGAUAAAAUGUCGCUUAAUCUACUAAAUUUUGUUCAGGCAUAUCGUAUGCAUGCACACAUGAACAUAAUUGAUAUAAAACAGAUCUAUGAUAGACAAAUUGUCAUCAUACAAACUGAUCCACAUAAAAAUCUUCCACGCGCUGUGACUACUGCAUCCCGCCGACCAUGUUGUUUUUUUAAUCUUAUAACGACAUUAGGUGUUUUAUUUUAUGUUUCUAAAGUUUUCUGAAUUUAAACUAAUAAAAUCCUAAUUACGAUAACUAGGUAGAUGAUUACUUAGUUCGCCACUACUCGGGGUAGAAGCUAAAUAUUUCAACUAUCUGACCAAACUCUUGAAUGAUUUCUUAUAUAUAAGGCUUAACUUGGUGAAACUAUGAAAAGUGGAUUACCAAAAAAAAACUGUGGAAAGUGGUGUGUGAUAUGUGGUAAUGAUAUAAUGGAUACCCAAUGAUGCUACAACAUGUGUCUCCCAUAAGCACCCAGCCUAGAUGAACCACACUGUGCAUUAGAAAGUCGAAAUUAAUUAUAAGUUGAUACACAAACUAAAGAAGAAGAAGAAAUAAUUGCAAGCUUUAGCGAGGAAGAGGGGUCCCCUCAAAUGCUAAUAGACGAUGGAUCCAAAAGGUAAAAUACAUCUACAUUACAUUGUUGGGUGCAAUUAUUCAUUCCAUCUCAGCCCCUCUUUUGUUCCCUCUCCCCACCAUUUAGAAAAGAAAAGAAAAAAAAAACAAAUUAUAUUACUAUUGCUUUGCAUAUGUUUUUGACCUCUUUUUAUUCCUUACUUCAUUUGUUUGUUUAUAUUAAGGUUUUAUUCAAAUGAUUCUACAUCUUCGUAUGGUUUAUGUUCUAUUUCAAACGAAUGCUUUUUCAAGGAACAUAUACCAAGCUUUUAAAUUUUAGUUUUUGUUAUAGUUUUUGGACUUUAAGACAUUAUACAUGAUCUCCCAUCUCAAUCAAAAAGGACAAACCCCACUUAGUUAUCUCAUGAUUAUUUUAUACGAAUCACGAUUCUUAGUUCCCUAUACUUUAUUGGGUGCAAUGUAGGUUUGCAUAAAUAAAAUGAACAUGGAAGCUAAUGAAAAUUUUCAAAAUCUUCCAUAAGCUUUUAGGUAAAUGCUAGUUAAUGAAAUAUUUUAAAAAAUCGAACAAUGCCAAAAUAAAUAAAAAGAGUGAGUUCAACGUAUAUUCUCCUAAACCCAGCCGCUGAAAAGGAGCAGAAAUUAAAAGAGCAACUAACAUAAACCAUACAACUAUAUAUUAUACACAUACCAUAAGACGACGUCCCAAAAAUAAAAUGAAAAGCACCAAAUUAAAGAGACAUCACUAUAAAUAAGUAAAUAAUUAAGUUCUCUUCAAAGCUUAUGUGUUUCAAAGAUCACUUGCCAUACGUUUCUUUUUCUCUCUUUAAUUUCUUCUCUCAUCUUUUUCAUUUUAGUUUUCGCAGAUGCUUCUUUCAAGAACCAAAGUCUUUAAAUUUUCUAUUCUUCUUCAUUAAUACAAAACAAAAGAGGAUGAAGGAGACACUUAGGUGCUGCAUCGCCUGCAUCCUACCGUGUGGAGCUCUGGACGUGAUCCGCAUCGUACAUUCAAACGGAUACGUUGAGGAGAUCAGUGGUACAAUCACCGCCAGCGAAGUAAUGAAGGCACACCCGAAGCACGUACUCAAGAAACCAUCUUCUCCACCGUCUUCAGAUCAUGAUGAUGUCAUCUCAGCCACAAAGAUCGUUAUCGUCCCUCCAGAAGCUGAGCUCCAACGUGGCAAGAUUUAUUUCCUCAUGCCCGCAGCUAAACCAGAUAAAGAAAAGAUCCGCCGCGAAAGAAAUUACGCAAACGCCGUCAAGAAGCGUUCUCGGCAUCAUCGUGAAGACGUGGAUGAUCAUAAGUCUAACGGGGAAAAUAAUGGUAAAGACAAGGACUCAUCGGUGUUGAUCUCUGAUAGGUACUUGACGGAGAUAUUGUCGGAGAAAGUCGCGACCCAAAGAGAUCGGAGAAAGGGACGCGUCGGCGUUUGGAGACCGCACUUAGAAAGCAUAAAUGAAGAUUGAGGAAAACUGUAUCGCCUUUUAUUACAAAACAAGAGUUCAUUGUUUCAGUCGUUUUUUAUUAUUAUGUAUUUUAGAACAUUGGUCCGUAGUUAUUUUUUUUUGGGGUAAUGGUUCAUAAUAGUUGUUUAAGCAACGAAACAUCAAGAGAAAGUGUGUUUGGUCAUCUGUAA